AUGGCCCAACUGAGUGUGUCGCUCCCGUCGUCGCCAGUCACAGGGCGGGACGACGACACCUUUCACACGGAGGCUCAGCCCUCCUCGCGCGCUGAGCCACAGGACGAUGUGCAGGGCAGUUCAAGCAGGCCUGCCCCAGGGUGGACUGCGGCCCCUCCGGAGGCUUUGGCGGCCAGUACUGGCAGCCCCACGGGGGCGGGCAUGGGAUUGGGCCUGCUGCGCAUGCUGAGCCUGGGCAGGGCGGGCCACAGCAAGGUGAAUCCAGUGGAGGAAGAGGCAGCAGCAUGCCGCCCUAGGGACGAGGGAGCCAAUGGGGAACAGGGCCGGCCGGCUGUUGGUCAUACUGGGCACAAGAGCCUCCAGGUGGCACGAUGCUUAGCGCCCGUUGAAUUGGCUGUCCGAUGCCGGAUCAUGCGCAAGGGGACCAUGAGGCCACAGUACUCGUGCUACCUGGAUGACGGAACGGACAAGUUCCUGUACACAGCCCGCAGGUCCCUGACGGCUAUUCGCAGUUGGUACACCUUUUUCGAGGACAACUCGACAGGGUCACGCGAGAGCGGCAGCGUGGGCCAGCUGCGCGCCAACCUUGCCGGCAGCGAGUACAUGCUGUUUGCCGACACCGUUCCGGGGGACGUGCAGCCGGGCAGCCCGCGCAGCCCCCGCAGCAGGCUCAAGCUCGAGUCGACUGCAAAGUGUAUCGUCCGGUUUGGCAAGAGCUUCGCUUCUGUGGGCGAGCCCGGCUCGCGCAGCCUCACCGUCGUCCUGCCGGGCGUCUCCAUGCCGGACGGCGCCCCGCCUGCCGUUCCCUCCGAGUCGUCCAGCCCGCAGUACGCGCGCUGCGCCAGCUCCCCCCCCUUGCGUGGCCUGGCUGGCGGCCCCCCCUCUGCGGGCCUCCCUGCGCUGCGCCUGGGCGGGCUGCCCGCGGAUGCCGACGGCCUGAGCAGCCCGGGGCUGGUCUUGGAGACGAAGGCGCCCGUGUGGAGCCCCACCACAAAGGCGUACAACCUCGACUUCCCCAAGGGUCGCGUGAAGGUGGCGAGCAGCAAAAACUUUCUGCUGGUGCCCGCGCGCGCCGCUCUGCCGCAGGGCCCCGGCGCGCCGGUGCUGCUGUGCGGGCGCACCGGCAAGAACAGCUUCGCGCUGGACUACAGCCCGCCGCUGAGCGCGCUGCAGGCGUUCGCCAUCGCCAUCGCCAACCUGGACAACAAGCUCUGCUACGCCAUCUAG